CAAUGUACCAUGAACAAGAUGUCUGAACCGGGUGAAAAAGGCCAAAGGGAGAUUUCCUGCAGCAAGCCUAUAACAUUCCUUGUACGUGAGUACAGACCCCACUAUCUUGUCAGAGCAAUAGCAUACAGUUAGAAUAAGGGGGAAAAUAAAUCAACAAGCCAUCAACGGAACUAAAUCAGUUCUUAGAGUACAACGCGUUCCAUUUGUUGAUAAACGUCUUUGAAGCGGGACAAUCAACGGGGACCCAUAACGGAAAGCACGCAUGGUUACUGUUCAUGCGCGCGCAUCAAUGAUGUACUAAUUGUGACGUCAUCAAUUGUUUAGCACCCUAACUUUUGCUUCGCGACAAAGAUUUGGCAAGAUUAUGCUGUACUCCCAUCAGUAAACGGGAAGAAUCAACAGCGAUGCCGCGUUUUAACUUUUCCUCAUAUUACACGAAAGACAGCCUUACGUGCUUGAGCUCAAACCACGGUCUCAACCCACAAGGAGAAUGGGAGCAAUCGCACAAAGCCAGCGGGUUCGCAGGUGAGGCCGAUAGUGGUGUCCCCGUAGACGUUACAAAUAGUGAGUUAGAACAGUCACUCACAGCCGAAUUCGAGGAGCUGUCGAAGUCAAUUGAACCAAAAGCAGAUAGUCAAAACGGCACCAAGGCCAAGCGGUACGCAGAGGUCCCAAUGCUCGCGAGUAAAGGUCAACCGGAGGUUGUCUGUAACCGGACCGGGUGUGAUGCGAGGUCUGGACAGGAGAAGUGUCGGUGUAUCACACUGGACUCCGCUGGAGCGUCGGACAACUUCAACAGUGUCAUGUUCGAUGAUUCGAUGUGCUCUAACGACUACCAGAAUGCUCCUAGAACAUCCACGCCAAUCAAAGGUUCUUACCCCGCCGAGCACACUAUUUCCAACAACCAUGGCGUUUAUCAGGCAACACGUCAAGUGCAGAAGACUGACUCGCCAAAGUUCCGCAAGGGUCUCGUAAUGGUCCUUGAUGAACUCAACACUCUGUCGCCUAUUAACCACGAAGCAGACUUGAAUCGGAUGCUUAAAAAGGCAAGGGAAGACAAAGAUGGUAUGUCUCCGUGUCUAUCGAAUGUCCUGUGUCGUCUACAGAGUCUACCAGUAGAUAAACUUACACAUUUCUCAAGUAUCGGCGAGUAUAUGAAGUUUCUCCGAGAACACCAGCAAAUCUGUGAUGUAGAAAUCCACGUGGAAUCGUCCAAGUUCAUGGCCCAUCGUGUGGCACUGGCCUGUUUCAGUGAAUACUUCUCGCAGGUCUUUUUCAAAGGAACAGAGAAACAAAAAAUACCAUUAGUCAUCCGGCUCCGAGGGGUCACUUCAAGGUCAUUCCAUGUAUUCCUAGAGUGGGUUUACACUGGAAAUUUGGAAAUCACUCCACUACUAGCGGCGGACCUUCUUGUGAUUGCGCAACACCUCAAGGUUCCAUUACUAGAAGAUAAAUGUGCCGAGUUCAUAGUGAGCAUGCCCCUGGGGAAAUCCCUUUCAGUCCUACAGAGUGGCCGAGUGGUCACGAGUAGCGAUCUGUAUGAUGUAUGCGUUUCUCACGUGAGCACACAGUUCCCGAGUAUUUUGGACCACCAAGACUUUUACCUUCUCGACGUUAACACGUUGUGUAUGAUCCUGUCACGUGACGACCUUAAUAUAACGUCCGAGAUAGAGGUGUUCCGGGUGGCCCUGAAAUGGAUAGCGUACGACAUGAAUGACCGCCACAGACACCUGGCCAAAGUCAUGUCGUGUGUUCGAUUCCCAUACAUGAACCACCAUGAACUCUUCCAGUGCUUUGAGGUCACAGAUCUUCUAAGGGAAUGUCAGGAAACAAGAAACGCUAUUCUACACGCAAACUGGUUGGUGACUGCUGUGGCGUUAAACCGAGAAGAUCCUCUAAACAUCCCAAUGGUCCAACCUAGGACGGCACUAUCGGACCCAAGUAACCUAAAAACAAAGAAAGCUAGCAGUGUUUACUUGAGUUCCCAUUCCAUGAGGACUGUGAAACUCGAGAUGGAGCAUACCCCCAAAUUAGGUGUAAAAACGGAUACCUCGUAUGUGUCAAAGACGGGGGACAUCAUCGCUGUAGGAGCUUUCCAAAAAUUCACCAAGGCAAAGGAUAACCGAACAGUGAAGACAGUGGAGAGAUAUAACUCUGUGAAAAACCAGUGGACACAUUAUACCAACCUCCCACAGCCUCGCUUUCAUCACGGUACCGCCAUCAUCAACAAAAAGAUGUACCUAGUCGGUGGCUCUGACCCAUCCAAAUCCAAGAAGAUAUCCGUACCGUCCAACGAAGCUUUCAUGUACGACUUGGAGACCGACGAGUGGCGUCAGAUAGCGUCCAUGGCAACGCCAAGGAUGCAUCACGUGGUUUGCUCUCUUUACGGGAUGUUGUACGCCAUUGGCGGACAAGAUGCAAAUUCACGAGUUCUUAACUCGGUGGAAUGCUACAACCCCAAGACUGACCGUUGGAUUUUUGCGCAGUCAAUGAGUGUCGCCAGACUAGGAAUGGCAGCCGCGAUCCUGGAUGGCACUAUUUAUGUUGUCGGCGGUUACGGCGAAUCGGUAGAUAACAGAUCAGGACUUCCAGUCCUCAGUAGUGUGGAAGUCUUUGACCCACGUGAAAAUGCGUGGACUUCUAGGAACAAUCUACGAAUGCCCCGAUGUCAUGGUAACCUGGUAUCGGUGAACGGCGAGCUGUUCCUGUGUGGAGGGGCCAUUAGAUCCUAUACCACUAAUGACUCUGUUCUGACCAGUGUGGCCGCCAUUGACGUGUACAACAAAAGGAGCGACAUUUGGGAACACAAGACAGAUAUGGUGCUGGCACGACACUUCACAGGGAGUGCCGUUAUUGGAGGGAAGAUCUUUAUAAUCGGCGGAGUAUCUACUGUGGCUGGGCGUAUCCUCCAAUCUAUAGAAUGUUACGACGUUAUCAAUGAAGUCUGGAUCAAUGGCGUUCAGGAACUUCCGUAUCCGGCGAGGUGGCUGUCGUGUGUUGCGGUUCCGGGAAAAAUAUAAUCAACUCCGUAUACAUGUACACGUGUUAAGGUGUUAUUGGUACAGCAAAGCGCCUACAUAUAUUUGUAACAGUUGCCUCCCUUUAGACACUCAUGAUCAGUAUGUAUUUAUAUUUCGAUUGCGAUUACUGUAGUGUGCAAAUCAUUAUGUGCCAUUAAAACAUGUAUAACACAUCAAUAUUAUUGAUUUUUGAUUAAAUUACGUUUCUAUA